AUGACGGAGAGGUCUGUGCCUGCUGCUCUCCGUCACCUGAGUCCUUUCUCCUCAACUGACCCACAGCCCCUGCCUCCAGCCCUGCCCAAGAAGAUCCUGACCGGGGCACAGUCCUUGCCAACCCACAGGGCUGCCAGCCCCAGCCCUACUCCAGCAGGACAGGCUUGAAGGCCUCUUCUGGGGUUCCGCAGCGUGGGUGAGAGUCAGGCAGGCAAUGACGAGAUUGGGCCAGCCAGUCCCCCUGCAGAGCUGCCCUUCUGCUCCUUGGACACUGAGCUGGGCCUGUCCUUCCGCGACCUGCAACACUUGGUCGUGCAUGCUGCACCGGAGGCCUGGCAGCUGGAGGGCCUCUGCAGUGUGCAGGCUGGCUCUAAGCCCAGCUCCUGGAGGGCCACUGGGCCCCUGCCACCAGGCCGAAGCUUCCACCUUUUAGACAGUUCAGCCUGCGUGCAGAGCAGGGAUAUACCCUCCUCUGCCACAUGGUGCCUCGCUGCUGAGGAGCACUUCAGCCUGCAGGGGCUGUGUGGUCUGGACUGGAGGGUGCGGCCAAACUUGGCCCUGGAGCACCUGGAGGCCCAGGGAUCAUUCCUGGUGGAGCUGUGCCCAAAGAACCUGCUGCUGGCGGAGUCAUGGACUAUUCAGCCUCCAGGGCUGCGCCUGCUGCCUCUGAACUUUGGCCUCAUGUGCUCAUGGCCACAGGAACCCCUGAGUACCCAUGAACCGCAGCUAGGCUUUGCACAGCUUAGUCCUGUGCCCUUGGCCACGCCUUGACUCCUGGCUGCCCAGCUGGCCUGUGUGCAACCCUCUGUGGGCCUGACUUGCUGCAUGCUGCAGGCACUGCUCUGGGGACCUGGACCUCGCUGGGCCACGCCCUGA